CAGUUCAUCGCGAUGCGACGCACCGCGACUCUUCUUUCGGCCUUAGGCCUCACGGCGCAGCUCAGCUCUGCAGCCUACACUUUACAAGACGAUUACUCGGGCGAUAGCUUCUUCGAUGGCUUCAGUUUCUUCACUGGCGCCGACCCUACCAACGGCUUCGUCGACUACGUCGAUGAAGCCACCGCCCAGAGCAAUGGCUAUAUCUCUACCUCCGGCGACGCCCCCGUCUACAUGGGCGUCGACCACACCAACAUCGCCGGCAGUAGCGGCCGUCAAAGUGUCCGCAUCAGCAGCGAUGCCACCUACAACCAUGGUCUCUUUAUCCUCGACCUCGGACACAUGCCCGGAGGUGUCUGCGGUACCUGGCCUGCCUUCUGGCUCGUCGGCGCCGACUGGCCCAACAAUGGCGAAAUCGACAUCAUCGAAGGCGUGAACCAACAAUCUGGCAACGACAUGACCCUGCACACCAGCGACGGGUGCAGCGUCUCCUCUUCCGCAGACUUCACCGGCUCCAUGACCACCAGCAACUGCUACGUCUCCGCCGCAGGCCAAUCCAAUAACGCCGGGUGCGGUAUCACCGACCCCGACGGCACCUCGUACGGCACUGCCUUCAAUGCCAAUAACGGAGGUGUCUUCGCGACGGAAUGGACUUCAGAUGCUAUCAGUAUCUGGUUCUUUGAACGUGGAAGCAUCCCUGAUGAUAUUGAUUCGGGCAACCCGGACCCGGAUUCUUGGGGUUCUCCUGUUGCGAGGUUUCAGGGUGAUUGUGAUAUUGAUGCCCAUUUUGAUAGUUUGCAGAUUAUCUUCGAUACUACCUUCUGCGGCGACUGGGCCGGUAAUGUCUGGGGUUCGGGCAGUUGUGCGUCUGUCGCUAGCUCGUGUAGUGAUUAUGUGGCGAAUAAUCCGGAGGCUUUUGCCGAGGCUUAUUGGAUUAUUAACUCGUUGAAGGUUUAUCAGGAUGAUGGUGAUGAUGAUGAUGAUACUGUUGCUGGGGUGGUUGAUUAUGGGGAUGAUGAGGAUGAUCAGGACGACGACGAUGAUGAUUCGGAUGAUGACGAUGAUUCAGACGAUGAUGAUGAUGAUGAUGAUUCUGAUGAUGAUUCAGACGAUGAGGACGACGAUGACGACGACGAUGAUGAUUCAGACGACGAUGAUGACAAUGAGUCUCGUCCCUGGAGAGGUGGAGGAGGAGGAAGGAACCAUCAUGGUUCGAUGCUGAACGCGUCGACAUCGACCUCGUCGUUCCCUAGCCCGUCGUUUGUGAGAAAGGCCAGGUGGGAGAGGAGGAAUCCGAUGGCGGGAAUGAUCUUCUAGGCUCCUCACUCGUCUGUCUUGUUUUCGUCUUGUCUUGUCUGAUUCCAUUCAUCACAUCUUCAUCUUCAUCUUCAGCUCGUGUUCACUCAUUUGAUUUAUUGGUGCGUUGGUUGCCUGAGAUUGCGGUCAUUGAUUCUUCGAUUGAUUGAUUGGUUGACUGUUGUUUUGUUCACUCUUUCG